AUGGCAUCAAUUCUCCCUCACCACUCUGGGACCAGCGCCUUUCGGUCUAUUUCCAGUGUCUUUGGCAAAGGCAUUCAUCGUGCUGCCAAGCUAUCGUCUCGCAAUCCCAUCGAGAUGAUUGCUGGCAUCUUGAUUUUGUCGUCCUUCAGCUACUUUUAUUUGUUUAAUCUGGCUCGCACCUCUGAUAUCUUCUCUGGCACGGUCACCCGCCUGUAUCCAACAUUUGUGUAUGCUGAUAAGAACACGCUGGACGGCUUCCAGCAGCUCUCUCGCAACGACGUAUCCUUGGACAGCACGAUUGAAGCAGUGAAAAUUCAACUUAGACAAAUCUCCAUCGUGGAUCAGGAAAAGAACGUGAUUGACAGAAACACGCUGGCUACUAUUCUUCGUUUUCAAAACACCAUUGACCACACGCUGCUGGAUGAUCAUGUUGGACAGUUUGGCUACAGUGCCCUGUGCUUUAAAGAUGCGCAAGGCGAAUGCUUCUCUCAAUCAUUGACUGACAUCUUUGACAUGGACACCAUUGAUUCGGAUGAUUUGAGACGAUCCAUCAACCAACAUCCCAAACUGGCUGCCUCCAUCUUUGGUGAGUUGGAUUUGAACGCUUCCACAGCCUCUUCCAUCUUGCUUUCAUUUGCCUUCAAUGCCUCCACUGAUUACCGCCAGCAAUUGUCGUAUGCUUGGGAACAAAAGGUGUCUACGCUGUCCUCGGGCGAUCUUGUGUCUCUCUCCAACACUGGAAAUCAAGAAGACGUCUUCACCUGGGCCUUUAUCAUCUCUAGAAACAUUGUGUAUCGCAUCAAGGAGCUGAUCGACAUGGCAGAUAACAUUGACAUUAUUGUCAUUUUGGGCGGCUACGUGAUGAUGCUGACAACAUUCGUGUCCUUGUACAUGAACAUGCGCUCCAUGGGAUCACGCUAUUCGCUCGCCACGGCUGUCGUUGUAAACGGCUUCUUUUCCUUUAUGUUUGCCCUGCUGACAGUCAAUGCUUUAGGCGUCGAUGUUUAUCCUGUUGUAUUGGCUGAGGCUAUCCCCUUUUUAGCUGUUACCAUCGGCUUUGAGCGUCAUUUCAAGCUUACCAAAAGAGUCUUUGAAUUCAGCAAAGAGACGCCAUUGACCAAGCAAGAGAUCAGAAAGACCAUUGUGCGUGCAGUCGACUCAGUUGCCUUGCCCAUCGCCAGAGACUGUAUCAUGGAAAUCACUGUGCUUGCAUUGGGUGCCAAGUCUGGCAUCUCUGGUUUGCGUGAAUUCUGCCUGUUGAGCGCCAUCUUGUUGGCCUAUGAUUUCAUCAUCAUGUUCACUUGGUAUACAGCAGUCUUGGCACUGAAAUUGGAGUUGUUGAGAAUCCGUGAAAUCAACGGUGCAAGCAACAAGUCUGCAAAGACCACUGGCACAGGAUACAUCCGUAGCACCGUCGUCAAGGCAUUUAGCGAUAGCACAACAACAAACAAUAACUCGAGCAUCAAGGCAGAUGAGCCUAUCAUUGGCAGAGUCAAAUUACUGAUGAUUGUUGGAUUUGUGGCUAUGCAACUAUUCAAGGUCUGUACUACGUUUCAAGGAUCGUCGGGUCCUCAGGUUAGUGUCGUGGAGCCUGGUGUGAGUAAUGUGCUCGAGAAGCUCCUUGCACAGCAUCGUGCAUCUGAUAUGGGACACUUGCCUCUGCUGGUAGAAGUGUUUCCUCCUUUGCCUUUCCACAUUGCAUCGUCAUCCUACAAGACCAUUGUUCCUGACAGCAUCCGCCAGCCCUUGGACUAUUUAUUGGAGACUUAUGCCGUCUACAUUCAACAUCCCGUCAUCUCAAAGUGGAUCACACUCGCUCUAUUUGUAUCGUUGUUCUUGAACACAUACCUUUUCAAGGUUGCCAAGCAACCGGCAAAGGUUGCUGCUACUGCGGAGACUCAGAAAUCAACAGUUCCCACCAUCGCCACUGUUGCUCCUGCUGCUGCUGCUGCUGCUGCUGCUGAAAGAAAGACUCUCACACAUCAUUCACACCAUCACAAACACGGCAACAAACACCAAUCCACGUUUGCCGUUCAAGGAGUGAUUCGCACUUUGGAAGAAUGCAUGCAGCUCACACAAACACCUGAAUCCUUGUCGGAUGAAGAGGUCAUCAUGCUGGUUCAGAAGGGUAAAAUGGCCUCCUAUGCUCUAGAAAAGGUAUUGGGUGAUUUGGAACGUGCUGUCAGUAUACGUCGUGCUUUGGUCUCUCGUGCUUCCAUCACAAAGACCUUGGAAUCCAGUUUAUUGCCUCUCCACAACUACCACUAUGACAAGGUGAUGGGUGCUUGUUGUGAGAACGUCAUUGGUUACAUGCCUAUUCCUGUAGGUGUUGCUGGUCCUAUGAACAUUGAUGGAGACUCUAUUCAUAUCCCCAUGGCUACUACAGAAGGCUGCCUGAUUGCGUCUGCUGCCAGAGGCUGUAAGGCCAUUAAUGCUGGUGGGGGAGCUACGACGAUUAUUACUGCCGACGGCAUGACCCGUGGCCCUUGUGUCGAAUUCCCAUCCAUCAUCGGUGCUGCUGCCUGCAAGAAGUUUAUCGAGGAAGAUGGUGCUGAAAUCAUCACUGCUGCUUUCAACUCUACCUCCAGAUUUGCUCGUUUGAGAAAAUUGAAGGUGGCUCUCGCUGGCAGACUUGUCUUUAUUCGAUUCUCUACUACAACGGGUGACGCCAUGGGUAUGAACAUGAUUUCCAAGGGCUGUGAAAAGGCACUCAGUGUCCUCUCUGAACAUUUCCCUGAUAUGCAAAUCGUCUCACUCUCUGGUAACUAUUGUACUGACAAGAAGCCCGCUGCUAUCAAUUGGAUUGAAGGCCGUGGCAAAUCCGUGGUCGCAGAAGCCGUCAUUCCCGGUGCUGUCGUUGAGAAGGUACUUAAGACCACUGUGGCUGCUUUGGUUGAAUUGAACAUUUCCAAAAACUUGAUCGGUUCUGCCAUGGCUGGUUCUGUUGGUGGUUUCAAUGCUCAUGCUGCCAACAUUUUGACAGCUGUGUAUUUAGCCACGGGUCAAGAUCCUGCUCAAAACGUGGAAAGCUCAAACUGUAUUACCUUGAUGAAGGCCAUCAAUGACAACCAAGACUUGCAUAUCUCAUGUAGUAUGCCUAGCAUUGAGGUCGGUACCAUUGGUGGUGGCACCAUCCUACCUCCUCAACAAGCCAUGCUCGACAUGCUCGGUGUUCGUGGCCCUCAUCCUACUGAACCAGGAAAGAACGCUCAAAGACUUGCUAGAAUCAUCUGUGCUGCUGUCAUGGCUGGUGAAUUAUCGCUCUGUGCUGCUUUGGCUGCCGGUCAUUUAGUCAAAGCUCAUAUGGCUCAUAACCGUGCUGCUGCUACACCAGCUGUUCCUGGAAGCUGCAUCAAAUCCUAA